AUGGACGGAGUCCUAGGGUCCUCCAUGCUCCGCCAUGGAGCCACUAUACGUCGCUUCGAUGAAUAUUACCGCUGUUACCCCGUCGCAAUGUUGCCUGGUCCAGAGCGAGAAAACGUCAACCAUGGCGGCAAGGUGAUCAUGCCUCCCAGUGCUCUAGACAAAUUAACUAGGUUACAUAUCACAUAUCCCAUGCUAUUCGAGUUACAUAAUGGCGCAAAAGAGAGGAUGACGCAUGCUGGUGUUCUGGAAUUCAUUGCUGAGGAGGGGAAAAUUUAUCUGCCAUUCUGGCUCAUGCAAACUCUCCUCCUCGAGCCUGGUGACCUCGUUCAGGUUAAAUCAACCGAUCUCCCUCCCGGCCAAUUCAUUAAACUUCAAGCCCAGUCAACCUCUUUCCUUGACAUCAGCGAUCCAAAAGCAGUGUUAGAAAACGCUUUUCGGAAUUUCUCCUGUCUCACGAAGGGCGAUGUCUUCACUUUUGCUUAUAACGACCAGGUCUACGAAAUGGCGGUUCUUGAGACCAAGCCAUCGAACAAUACCAACGCCGUCUCUGUCCUGGAGACUGAUCUGGAGGUUGAUUUUGCACCGCCGGUGGGGUAUGAAGAAAUCCAACGCCCAAGUGGCACCAGCACACCCCUCAGUGGGGUAAGCGGUAAGCUCCCCUCUGGGGGUUUACUUCAUCCGCACGGGACAAUGGCUCAAGCGAUCAACUAUGCGGCCAUUGCUCCAGAGUCCACCGACGCCGCUACAGGUGCAAAAGCAGUAUCAUCAAAUUUUCUUCUUGGAGGGCAGCGCUUGAAUGCGAAGAAGGGUAGUAAAGCCCCGACUCCGAAGCCUUCAACCCCGGUGCCAGGAGCUACUAAUCCUCAGCAUCCGCCGCCAGCUAGACGCACCAAUGGACCGCAGCCACUCAGGCUUCCACCCAACCAGCUAUUUUUUGGAUAUGCAAUCAAGCCUGUGAAGAAGCGUGGGGAGGACGGACAGGCCAUCGAAAAGCCGCGCUUCCAGGGAACCGGACAGACAUUACGAGGAAAGAAGAGAGAGCCAGGAAACUCCGCUACACCGACAUCGGGAAGUGAUGCGGAAAAUCACAAGGGCAAAGAACGCAACCAGAAGUCUCACGGGAGUGGGCGAACCCUUGGCGGUACCAAGCGCUGA